CCCGUCCUGGGUGUGUGGAGCUGAGCUGCCGAUUGGCCGGGGUCUGGCAUGUCUAUUGUGUGCAUGCUAAUGCAGCUGCCUGUGUCCUCAGCUCGCUCGUCUAUAAGGGACAUAUGGAGCCAGCAUCCAGGAGCAGGGGAUGUGACAGAGUCGCCUACAGACUCCUAGGAUAAGACUUGAAGACUGUUCAGGGACUGUGCACAGAGGACGUGGCUGGGAGUCCUGCAAUGAGUUGUCUGGAUGUUAUGUAUCAUCACCAAGUCUAUGGGAUGCACCAAUAUCUGCCAAGCACGGCAGCUUGUACCACAGCCUACUACCAUCAUCACCAUCAUAAUCACUAUCUACAAAGAAAAAAGAUUGCUGCAUAUAGUAAGAUGCAAGAGACAUUGGAGGUGACUCUUCCAACCAAGCAGGAAGAGGAUGAGAAAGAGCAGCCUGCAGAGAUGGAGUAUUUGAAUUCUCGAUGUGUCCUCUUGACCUACUUUCAUGGAGACAUUGGAGCAGUUGUGGAUGAACAUUUCUCAAGAGCAUUGAGUCAAAUAAGCACCUUAAAUCCAGAAAGCACCAACACUAAGACCAAAGCAGGAACUAGUCGAGAGAGCCCAUCAAUAUCAUGCCAGCGGACUAGUCUACCUCCAUCCUUAUGGACAAACUCCUAUCAGUCAGCUCCAACUUGCCUGAGUGGAGUUCAUCCAGACUUUACCUCCACAUCAGCCAGUAACCUCUCAAAUACAGAGCACAGCAGCUGGCCUGGAGAUAACGUUCACCAGACUGUCCCACAUCCUCCACCGGAGUCCUGGCACUAUCCAUUGGCUUCACCAACGACAUCACCAUAUGCCCACAUGCAUGACAUUUACAUGUAUCGCCACCAUGCUCAUCCUCAUAUGCAUCAUCAUCACCACCAUCAUCACCAUCCCAAUUCCCAUGUGGACCCACGAUACGGACCUCUUGUAAUGCCCUCAAUGCGGUCAGCCAGGAUUCCAGCAACUCAUUCUGAUGUGACUAAAACUGAAGCCACAACACCCACCAUGGCUACUCCAGCAUGGGCCGGGGCAUUCCAUGGCACUGUAGACAUUGUACCAAGUUUUGGCUUUGAGACGGGUAAUGGAUUUUCUGCCUAAAUAAAGUACAUUUGUAUGUGGCCAUUACAGCUGGAACAUCCUGCUUUGGACCCUGGAUAUUAGCCUACAUGUAAAGAAUCAACUUCAGCUGAUUCUGCCUUAAAGGACAGCAAUAGUUUGUUUCCCUCUGAAAACAAAGUGCUUUAUAUGUUUCCCCAUACCUGUUUUGUAUUAUGUCUGUCUACGGUUGACUUUUUUUUUUCU